CCGGGAAAGCCCGGAUGUACGUAAUUCUGCUUCCGGGUCAGGAGAGAGCGGAAAAAACAUGGAACGAUUUGCGGUUCUAAACCUUAGCAUGUUGACCCCACCGAAGGAGGGGCUGCCCAACAUGAUUGACAAGGCACUGAGGAUGAGGAGAGAGGAACAAGCUCGCCAGGUGAUGGUCGCCUGGGCUAUUCUAAAAAUGUCCCUGGCUGGCAUGAUUUACACUGAAAUGUCUGGAAAAUUGUUAAGCCGAUACUACAACAUCACCUACUGGCCUAUUUGGUACAUCGAAUUGGCGCUAGUCUUGCUUUUUACCCUCAUCGGUCUCUUUGAUUUCUGGAAAUACUUUAAAUACACGAUGACUCCGUCCACUAUCGCUGUAUCCCUGGAGCAGCAUCGGCUCUUGGGGCUGAGUAACACAAGUAUUCAAGCUUCUCCUCCCCAGAGGCCAGAAAAAAAGGAGACCCCCGCUUCGACGGAGUCAUCCCCUUUGCAGGGCCAGAGCGUUUUGAGUUUCAGCCCGUUGCGUUCUGCCACUGCCAGCCCCAAGUUUUCUCCGAGCUGUGUGGCAGGCUACAGCCCAUCUCUCAGUAGUACAACCACCCCAAGUAGUGCCCCUUAUUCGCCCUCUGUGGCCUUUGGGAAGGUGUUGAGCUACAGUCCAACCCCUGGCUCCCCGGCAUACCCGAGCAGCAUCGGGACGCCGGAAAGCUCCGUUUUGAGGGCUCGGUACCGCACGUCGCCCUCUGUGUUUAACUCGCCCGGAAGCGAGGAGGAUUACAUGGAGGAUCUGAAAAGCCUCGAGCGAUUCCUGCGCACGGAGGAGGAGAAGAGUCACCGUAGUCAGCUUGGGAGUCCAGAAUCUGUCUCCCCGAGUCACAGUCCGACGUUUUGGAACUACAACCGCUCAGUGGGGGACUACGCACAGAGUCUGAGGAAGUUCCUGUACCAGCCCGCCUGCCGCUCUCAGGCGCCCUCUGCCCACAAGGAUGAAACAGACCCGGGUUCCAAACAGGCUGCGGAGGAGGUGUGGGCGAGGAUCACAACCAGCCGCCCUGUCGUGGAUCGCAUCGAUGGCUGGACGGCGAAGCUUCGAAAUUGGAUCAGUGACACCAUCUUAGUCCCCCUGGUCAAGGAAAUGGACUCGGUCAACACUCAGCUCAGGAGGAUGGGCUGCCCCGAGCUUCAGAUUGGAGAGGCCAGCAUUAGCAGUCUCAAACAGGCUGCCGUGAUGAAAGCGUCAUCCAUUCCUACUUUGAACUCCAUGGUCCAGUACUUGGACAUCACUCCCAAUCAAGAAUAUCUGGUGGAUCGCAUCAAAGAGUUGGCACACAGUGGCUGCAUGAGCUCCUUUCGAUGGAAUCGAGGAGGUGAUCUGAAGAACCGGAAGUGGGACACGGACCUCCCCACAGAUUGUGCUAUCCUCAUGCAUAUAUUUUGCACCUACCUGGACUCCAGACUGCCUCCUCACCCCAAAUAUCCAGACGGGAAGACGUUCACCUCGCAGCACUUCAGCCACAUCCCGGACAAACCUGAUGUGACAAAGGAGAACCUCUUCUGCAUCCACCAGAGUUGCACCGCGCCGCCUCACUACCAGCUCAUCUAUCAGGGACACAUCUCCAGUCUGCCGAAGGGCAGGAAUAACUUGUUCCAUACAAUCCUCAUGUUCCUCUACGUCAUUAAGACCAAGGAGUCAGGAAUGCUUGGGCGAGUAAACCUUGGCCUCUCCGGCGUGAAUAUUCUGUGGAUUUUUGAGGACUGACUUGUCAAAGUUCACAAUCGACAACUUCCAAAUGAUUUUUUUCCCCCUCCUUCCCCGCUUCUUCAAUAAGUACGAUUGCAGCAGUCGAAAAACAGCACUCAGAUAGUCAAUACUUAUACCAAAAUGUCAGAAUAGCGGAUAUCAAUGUAUUAGCACUGAGAACAUGUCAAACACAUCGACCUCAAUUUAGUCUGUGUAGUGUUUAAGGGCUCAAUCCUCAUUUGGUUGAAUGUUUACAGAAAAAGAGAACACAAAUGGUAUGUUCUGUAUUUUCUUCAACUCAAUAGCUUUCUCUUUGUUCUUUGUUUCUUUUUUCAUGAAGCAUGCAUAAAUGAAAAACAUUUGGAAGUGCAAGUCAACUGAAUGUAAAAACUGUCUUUUCAACUUUGAAUGUGAAUGCUAUUGUGUGGCUGUAUUUUUUUCAAGUUGUAGGAAUGAAUGCUGAGAUUUUAGACAUGGGACUUGUAAAUGAAUAAAACAAAAUUAUUUCAAAGUUU